UUCCCUGUCGAUAUAAAACAUCAUGAAAAUAUCGCUGGUUUUGUUUAUUUUUCAACUAGGGAUGAUUUGCAGUGCCUGGAGUGCCGUUUCAGGGAAAAAACCUGGGCAACGCAGGUCUAAUCAACUAAACAUUAUCAAAUGCUGCGGAGGCGAUUCUUGCGUCCCGAGAGAUUCGACAGGGCCGUUUUCCAAUUCGUCAAUCACCAGAAGACAAACAGCGUCAACCAUGAGUUUGCAGAAAACGGAAAAUCUGCUAUCAACAACUUCUUCUACCGAAUAUGCGACAGAAAUCGACCCUGGCGGAUUAGCAAGUACUGAAAAUGUACUGCCGCUUGGAGAUUUGGACACAACCAUUGGGGUGGAAUCUAGUCCCAGUGUCAUGGAAUUGAGCUCUUCUGUCAGCUCUAUUAUUUCCGAAAUUAAAAAAACUUCCGAAAUUACUUCGUCUACUGAAUCUACCACCUUUAAUCAAAUAGAAUCCAGUACUUUUAAACCAACUGAAACAAAUUAUGUUCAACCAACUGAAACCAGUACAUCAGUUAAUCCAACACAAACCAGUGUUUUGAUUACGACGAAACGUUCAGCAACCACUGCAACUCCAACACAAAAAAAAACUGUUAUAAAAGAAAAAUGUGAAACAUCAGUAAAAAAUGCUUCUCUAUUCAAAUCAGACGGUUCACUGAAAGAGCCGGAUAGAUAUGGCUACUGGGAAAUUUCCUGUAACCUGCAAUAUCUGUUUGGAAAGUCCCUUGUUUCUUGGAGUGAAAAUUCAAUCAAAUGCCAGGCAAUUGGCAUGAAUCCGAUCACUCUGGAAAGUUCAGAAAAAGCUCAGUGCUUUCGGAAUAUUGCUUCAAAUUGGAAGUACGGUUCAAAUUACUGGACAGCUGGUCUUCGUGCAACCACAAGUGAUUUUUCAUGGUGCUCAGCAAGCGGUUCAAUCGCGCUGGACAAAUCAAAAGUGUCUUGGGCCGUCGGACAACCGAACAACGCGAAUGGCAGCGAAAAUUGUCUUCGUAUCAAUGUAACAAACGCCUCCUUUCAAAUUUCGGAUCAAGUUUGUACCGAAGAGUUUCUAUUCGCAUGCCAGGGCCGUCCAACUCCGGCUCCGCCUUGCAGCUCACCAGCUUGUCCGAAUGUUACCUGCGCUAAGAAUAAUAAUUUCUACAAAAACUCCUCAAGUGGUGUUUAUUUGGCCGAUAUGACUAAGCAUGGUUAUUGGAGCAACUAUCGCGGGCGAACAUUCCUGUUCAGCUACCCAAACGAUACACAAACGUUUCUGGGUGCACAUUCAGCGUGUUGUCAAGUGGAUAUGUUUUUGGUCAGUCUUGAAUAUGACUACAAAUUUAAUUCAAUCAGAGAGGCUGCCAAAGGGAACUUGCAAACCCAAGACUAUUUCUGGACCUCUGGCAGCGAUCGUGGUUGCGAGGGGAAUUACGGCUACUGCACGGCAAAACGACUUUUACGAAAAGAAGCAAUUUGGGGACCGCGACAACCAGACAACGCGGGUGGAAAAGAAAACGCAAUUGCUGUUUUCAUUAACGCCACUCGCAAUCAAACCCAAUUGUUUGAUUUUGACGAGAUGAAAAAAUUCCGCUACAUUUGCGAGGCCAGGGACACGGCAAAUGCACAAUCUGGAGGGUCUGCUGUGCGAGACGAAUGUGCCCAGAUCUACAAUGUCAGCCAAAAGGAGAUUGAUAAUUUACUGAACAACACCAGCAAGCUGGAUUUACGUUUAAAAUGUUUCAUUCGAUGCAUCGGAGACAAUUCCGGAUUAAUGGUGGACGGAAAGUUUUUAGACAACAAAGUUUUGGCAAUUUUGGAGACAAUGUCUAAUGGAAGCAUCGACGAACUCAAGAAGGGCAUGUCCGUCAUGGGCGAUUGUGAAAAUUCAGCUAGUGGAAUGGAUGAAUGUGAUAAGGCUGCUCAGGUUAUAAAAUGCAGCAAGGAAAAGGCGCCUGAAAUGUUGAGUAACGUCAUCUUGGCGAUGGACAAAUCGAUGCCUGUCGGUAAAAGUUCUCCAAAAGCAUUUUGCUACAAUCCUGACAACUGCACUAUUGAUCCGGUGCAAAAGAAAUUGUACGAUAGUGCGCUUGUUGAAUCAACUCUUUCAAACAAUGCUAUGGUGGUGUUUGCUUGUGGUAAAAAAUGGCUUGUGCAUCGUAGAACGAUCGUUGGCCACACUCUACAGGAAGGUUUUAAAGUUUGCUGCGAGUACGGCCUCAAAAUUGCUUCAAUCGAAACUCUGGAUAUGCUGAACUGUCUAACGGCGACAACGUUUAAAACGUUGGUGCGAUGGAACUGGUUUGGGGUUAGUCUGACCAACAGCCCCAGCAAACCUCGUUGGUGCACAUCUGAGGCGCCGUUUUUAAUAGAAAACUGGGUCGGAGCAAAAAACCUCACAAAAGAUCCGCAGUUUGACGCGCUCAAGUUUCACCUUUCUAAUAAAACCGUCGUUAUGGCCAAUCAAAAAGAGACCCUCAACAUCUUGUGCAGCCCAUUAUGAGAGAUGCAAAUUUGACAUAACAAUAUGAAUUUUAUCUAAAUAUUGAUGUAGAAUUUUAUAAUGAAUUUGGAUUGACUUCUAUAAACUUGCUUUUUUCAAACUCUUUUUUUCUGCUUUAAAAAGUACGUUUUUCAUGGAGGUGUUGGAAGCUGAUGAAAGCGAGAAUCUUAUAGUUUUUUUACUAGAGAUUUUCUUAUGGUUAAAUAUGUGAUUUUUAAGCUGUACAUAAUCUGAUAUUUUAAAGAUUAUAUUCUUCCAAGUUCCAUUGGAAAUGCGCAGGAUAAAAACGAAGAAAAUAGUAUGCCAAAUUAAAAUGAGGUCUUUCUGUGCAAAAAAAACUGAAGCAGAAAUCUCCAAGCACAAAUUUUCUGCUCUGGUCAGUCAAAUAUUUAAAAAGCGCAAUUAGUGCGUCAAUUUUGAGCUGUUCGGACGACAACGUGCCCGGACACUUCAUUUUGUGGGUUAUAUCCAUUUAUAUCAGAAAAAUAUCCUACCUUUGUCCAGUGACAUUCCAUUACGUCCAUUCACAAAUCACCUGAAAAAAUGCGAUUAUUAAAUUUUGAUUCAAUUAACUUCAAAUUUGAUUGACAAUUUUUUUAGAAUAUCAAUAUAAUUUUUAAAUUUAACAAGAUUUUAAUUAUAUCUGACGCAAAAUGCAGUAAAAAUGCACUUUGAAAAUAAUUUUUCAUAAAUUAAAAA